AUGGAUUCGAAACCCCAGCGGCGUAGCACAAUUUCCGUGCAAUCGACUGCCCCUUCUUCCCUGCGACACUCCUUCGAUCCGUCUUCCUCUGUCCCUAUCCCUGCUCGCUGUGCAGCGUUCCUGAGACACCGCUCAAACAACAAGUCCGAUCCCCCAAUUCCUGCAGCGCUUGCUCGUGUCAAGGGCACGUCCACUAUGAAUAGUCCGUCGCAAUUGAAUUCUGAAACGUCCUGGUUCAACGACCAGUCUCCAUUGGCUGGAACGCCUCGUGCCGCACGAAGGAAUCAUGGCUCCAGAUCAGGAACCCCGGAACCUGCUUCUACACCUUUAGUGAACCCUUCUUCUACUCUUUUACAAGACCUUUUAAGAGAGCAACGUGCGACUCGAGCUUCGCGCGGUCCUCCUCCAGACGACUGUGCAGAGUACAUGCCUCGUACGCCCGAACGCUCGCAAUCCCAGUCCCAGACCCAGUCUCAGUCCCAGUCCCAGGAAGAUGCGGGUUCUGAGAGACAACGCAAGAUUAAUGCCGCAUUAUCGGCGGGUCUCAAGCAGCCACGUGAGAUGGGUUUCAGGGAGAUGGACCAAUACAUUUCGAAGAUUAACAAACAAAAUUUUGACCUGAAACUUGACAUCUUCCAUCGCGCACAGCAGAUGGCCGUCUUGGAGAGGAAACUGGAACGUAUGCAGCAGCUGGAGGAAGACGUUCAGCGCAUGCGCAAUCUAGAAGAGGAACUGCAAGAGCUUCGUUAUGUUGAAGAGGACAAUCAGAGACUUCGCGAGUCCAACGAGCAGCUCCGACAAGAGAUCGAUAAGCGAGACCAGGCGGUCACAGAAGCCGUGGAGUUAAUCUGUCAACUUGAAGCGAGAGUGGAGGAGCUGGAGGCUGGUGCAUUUUCGUCCAGACCCUCUACAGCUCGUCCUUCGUCCAGCGAUGAACCAGACGCAGCCACACCUAAGCAUUGUGUCACUCCAGAUAUUCCGGAGAGAUCUUCCUCUAAGAAAGGCACCCUGCUAGCGGACAAUCACCGAGCUUCUUCGGGAAGUCGACCUCUCACCAGGGCUCCUUCAUUCCUCCGUGAAGAGCAUCAGAGCACCGCAGCUCUACGCAGUCUCUACGUUACCUCUGAACAUCAUUCACGCUCUGCGAGAAGCGCUAUGACGAAGACGGAGAGUAUGAACUCGAUGACUGAAACUAUCGAACCAGAGUCCCCCAGAUUGAGUGCUCUCAGUGAAUGUAGCGAGCUCAUGCCCUAUGACACUAUAAAGGAGGCGCUCCUUUUCAAUCAAGUUGAUAUUCCUAUCCACCAGGAAAGGAAAAUGGGAACAAGUGCGACUGCCCCGAGACCCAACGGCGAAGUGAGGGCAAGCGGACACAUUCGCAGCUCUAGCUGGCAUCAGCCUCAAGUGGAAUUAUUUCCGACAAGAACCAUCCCAAAACAAAAGGACCUAGCCCACACUAACGCUUCAAGGGAAGCUAAGAACUGCACUUUCGAAAAAGGCAUGUUCUCAAGUGCCCCUCGCCAGAAGCUACGGUUAGAUGACGUUUUUGGGGGGUCAAAGUUACCCCCUACCCCGGACACAAUGAGUACGGCCUAUGCAUCGGGGACGAAUAGAUCCAAUGGCAGUAGCGCUAGGGAGAAGGUUCAGCUUAACCAGCAGUUCCCUGGCCCCCGAAAACUUGGCCGGCCACCAUCUGCGGGCGAGCUGACUACGCGAAGUUCCGAUCAUAGAGCCUUGGAAAGAAUCGACCCUGCUCUGAGUGAGGUGACUCUCACUCGUCUUAGUAUUGAAGAGCGCGAAGCGACCCCGGCUAUCUUUCCCUUGAACGGCAUCCCAUCCAAGACAAACUACAUGUUUGAUCGAGCUUCUCCAAAACCAAGUAUGCGUUAUUUCAGCGAUGUUGAUGACGUGAUUUUCAACCCUGUGGGAAUUGAGAAAGUCAUAUCGAAGAUGGAGAAGAACUACUACUCUCCGCCAGCCCCCAUGACUGAAAAGCCAACAGCAGACAUGACAUCUCUAUCGCCGCCCUUGACUCCUCAAGACUGGGUCGAGGCGGCAAAGCCAGGUCCUCGGCCCACGAAGAAUUGGUCUUCAAAGACUAAGACCUAUACCGGCCUCCCGCCGAAUCCUUCUAAAGCUGCCGGGACACGGGCUCCAAGCCAAUCCGCGUUCCUCGCUCGUAGGCAUAGUGUUGACUCGACUGUCCGAGACCCGGACGUCCCAGCAAUACCCACACUUCCCUUGCCUCCAUCAGACACAAAUACACAGCCUGCACAUCAAGGACAGGAACACCGACGACGGAUCAAUCUUCGGCCACCAUUCCUAGGCCGUCUGGCGCAGCCUCGUCGUCUUGAGCCAUCUCCAAUAACUGAUUCAGAGGACAGUGGUGACGGUGCGCCCUCCCCUGUCAUCCGCAAGACCAGGCACAUGGAAUCGCCCAAAAUAACCAAGAUCGUUGAGACCGCGGAUUCUCCACAGCGGGCUCAUGGGCAGCUUUGCGCAUCGGCACCUACCUACGCUGCUGGGAAUAGUGCAAACAGCCCCAGCAGGACUCUUCCCCAUUCUUUCACGGAUUCGAACUUCUGGUCACACUCAUCGACGGCCAGGCCAUCAACGUCCGCCAGCAAGGGCCAUAAGAGACGGAGCUCCCUUGGCAUCUUUGGCUUUGGUUGGAUUAAAGGCUCGAGCGGAAGUGGUUCUCAUCAUAAGAAAGCUGGAGCCGACUCGACGGCAACUACUCAGGCUAUCAGCAAGGAACGGCUGACUUCUCGAUGGGGCCCUGACAGCUCAAAUGCCCUGCCCGAUGUAGCAAAGAGCGUCUGUGCAUAUGGAGCUUUUCAGGAUAUCUCAGCUUCCGCCAGACAUAAGCCUCAAAAGCAAGACGAUGACGAUAUGACACGCCGGCCGCGAUAUAUUGAGCGAAGAAUCCGUCGACCUUGA